UUUAUAGCCUUCUUGAAAUGCUUUCAGUCCGUGGAUAUGUCAUUCGUUUAUGGGAAAUGAUAAGACUAAAAGUGUGGUGCUGGGGGUGAAAGAACAUCUUUCCUUUUCGCAUUUAUUUCCUAAUGAGUUGUUUUGAAACAGAACAGAAAUUGUGUCUUCUACGUGACUUCGGAAACUUACAGCGUUGAGCCAUGACUUUGAGCUCGGAUAUGUCAGAUGCCUCUAUCCUUUCGGAAGAAACUGACAUCGAUGUGGUCGGCGAGGGAGAGGACGGGGACACCCAGACGCGGUCCUAUGCAGAUGAGGUGGCUCAGAUGCAUGACGAUAUUCUUUUGACUAGUGCAUCCCGGAAUCCUUUCCAACCAGCUAGCAAAAACACAAUAGUCAAGCCCCCUUAUUCCUACAUUGCCUUGAUUACAAUGGCCAUCCUUCAAAGUCCAAAAAAGAGACUCACGCUAUGUGAGAUUUGCGAUUUUAUCAGCAAUCGUUUCCCAUAUUACAGGGAGAAGUUCCCGGCUUGGCAGAACUCCAUCAGACACAAUUUAUCUUUAAACGACUGCUUCGUUAAGAUACCACGGGAGCCUGGGAACCCCGGGAAGGGUAACUACUGGACAUUAGACCCGGAUUCUUCAGACAUGUUCGACAAUGGCAGUUUCUUGAGGAGGAGGAAACGCUUUAAACGGCAACAAACUGCGGACCUUUUGAGGGAGCACAGCAGUUUUAUCCCCUCUGCUGCAUAUGGCUUUGGACGCUACGGCGGCGGUUAUGGAGUUCAGCUACUGCCCUACCACACACAUUCAACCGUCUUUUCAUUUCAACAUCAGCAAUCUCAACGUUCACACAGGGAAACGAUUGUCCCAGCAUCUUCUUUAAUGUCUCAAACCAGUGACCUGGCAAGGAGCCGAGUUUACCCUCAGCCUAGUCCCAGCCUGGCCUCCUCCUUACAGACAAUGUCAAAAACUGGUUUUCCUGUCCAGCAGUACCCCUUUUUCAUAGAGAGUAUUAUCGGGGGUUCAUUGAGUUCCAGUCGUGACUGUGCCUCGCAGAGUUCUAUUUUUCCAAUGCCAUGCUCUGUUACGGCACAGUCGCUGUUGCUGCAGACUUUGCGUAAAGGAACUGAUUAAAAUUUGCCGUAUAGGCUACUUUCCAAACCAGAUUUGCAGCGCUAGCUGUUAACGGUAUUGUGUUGUCAAACACACACGCAAAACAUCUCGCGGAAGGUAGGAGUAUUUUUGCACGUUGUUAUUACAUUUGUCCAACAUGCAGAAACAACCGUUCGUGUCUGCAGGGUUCAUGUGAAUUAGUGACAAUAAUGCUGAACGUUUAAAUGUGAAUGUAAAUUUAAUGGCCUAUAGUCCGUCAUCUUUGCAUGCGUUUUCGUUGCGCGUAUUCAGCUAAUGGUUUACUUUAUACAGGCACGCACACAAUGGCAGGUUUUAACACAAUAUAGAAAAUCCAAUAAUUGUUUCUAUCUGAAGACAAUGUUUUCUGAUAAUUGUUUGAGUUAAAUUGAAUUUGUACUGAAAAAUAUUAACUAAAACAAUACAUGCAUAUCCCAUGUGUUCAU